CUGGUUAGUAGAGCUUCUUCUCACAAGCUAGGGUUUCAUGGCCGCAGCUCCACCAAACUCCGUCCAAUGCUUCGGCAGGAAGAAAACCGCAGUCGCCGUGACUCACUGCAAGGGAGGCCGCGGCCUAAUCAAGGUCAACGGCGCUCCAAUCGAAUUUUUACAGCCGGAGAUUCUUCGAACAAAGGCGUUCGAACCGAUCCUUUUGAUCGGCCGUUCGAAGUUUGCUGCCGUCGAUAUGCGGAUUCGUGUGAAAGGCGGAGGUCACACUUCGCAGAUAUAUGCCAUUCGUCAGAGCAUUUCGAAAGCACUCGUGGCGUAUUACCAGAAGUUUGUGGAUGAAGAGCAGAAGAAGGAGAUUAAGGAUAUUCUUGUGAGGUAUGAUCGGACUUUGCUUGUUGCUGAUCCCAGAAGGUGUGAGCCCAAGAAGUUUGGUGGUCGUGGUGCUCGUGCUAGGUUCCAGAAAUCUUACCGGUGAACAACACCACAAAACUAAUUGUUUUUGAAUCACUUUUCUUUUAUGAGUUAGAUUUUCCAUCAUUUCAACUUAAUUGUUUUUGCUGUUGUUAAUGAUCUAUAUCAUUUUCUUUUAAUGUGUUUUAUUUUGUUUUUGGAUGAAUUCACUACAUGCUAAUGAAUAAUGGAUGUUGUUGGUUUCCUCUA